GUGUGCGGUAUUGUAGAUCUUUCCUUAGGUAAGAUCAGCAUGGCGCAAAGCCUGAGAGCUCGAUUGGGACCGCUAAUGAGUAAGCUUGAAGGCACUGUGAAGCCUGCAUACAACGCUACAGAAAAGGUCGUGGUCGAGCAAUACGACAAAAUACUAAAAGGGGGCGAACAGUAUGUGGUGAAGGACCCUGCAGAGGCCGACAAGCUGUUGAAAAAGUGGUUCUACACAAAUCUCUCCAGGAUACCUGCUGGCAUCAAGCAAGUAGACCAUGAAUGGGGCUCUGUCAAAAGCAAGCUGGCGCAGAGGCACGAUCUGCCUCUGACAGAGGUUGGCAUGUACGCUUUGUUUGUCGCAGAGGUGUACGCAUGGUUUGUUGUGGGUGAGAUUGCUGGGCGAGGAUUCACAGUGUCAGGAUACAAGAUCUGAGGGCUUGAUUCCUGCACGGCAGAACUGUCUGGGCAGACGGCAGUCUUUAUUUGCGUUUCGCUGCAAGCAAGUGGAUCAGCUUUGGGGUCGCACUCUUGCAGUGUUGCCACCUGAGUCAGAUCUGCAAACUUAGAAGUUUUAACUCUCUUUGGCGCUGUUGAGGAUGAUGGAUACAAGCACAUGUCUGCUACCUUUACAUUGCUGCUUACGUGUCUUGAGCUGUGCCUUAAAUCCCGUGGAUAUGCAUGGUUUAGGAGAGAAGAUAGCAUCCCAGUCUUGGAAUAAAAUUAGUUAUUGUCCUGACACAAGUAGGGCUUAGAACCUCUGCUAAGCAGGCACACAUGCAGACUGGCAGCUUGGUGCUCUUACUUAUCAGCUGCUGGCGGUGACUGAAGGAGACCUGUAACAUUCACAUCCGAUGCUC